UGCUUUCAAAAGAAAAUUGUACCAGUGAUUAUUUAACCUGAUGUCAGCGGAAAGAGAACAGUUACAGGGUGUUUUAACCCGGGCCAUGUCGUGUGUUCGAGAAGCUGAAGAAGCAGCAGAAGCAGAUGACUUUGCAGCUUCUUGUGUGAGACAAACUAGAGCUUUAUUUAGAAGAAGUGCACGGAGACCACCUUUAUCAGGGGAUACUACAACAAGAAAAAAAGGAAGAUCAAAAUGCGAUAUAUGGAAACUUAAUUUUUUCCUUCUCCAGAAACACAAUGAAGAGUAUGUUCCACCUCCCUCAGAACUUUCACGUCUUACAAGAAAUGGCUUAGGUCCUCCAAAACAUGAGCAGCCUGGGACUCAAGACAGAUAUGGAAGCAAAUCAUCCAUUAAUAGGAACUGGACAAUUCCCCAGUUAGAGAAGUUUAUUAUUGAAAGCUACCCAAAUGUUCCUUUACACUUAACAGGAUUUAGUUUUGCCAAAGCCGAGAAAGGGAGACGUUUGCAUAGCUUGCAAACUGAAACUGCUGCUCAAUUACAGAAAAAAAUUGGGAAAGGCAAAAUAUUCAUAAUUCCUCACCGUGACAUACCACUACCGAUUCAGAUGGAGCAGAUACACACGGCACAAGAAGAAUCAGAAUUUAGACCAGAAAUUCCAGGUCAAGUGCAUGCAGAAACAAGUUAUCAGGGAGCGCAGGCAACAUUGUCACAGGAGCCACAUGUAGAUAGGCUGGAAAACACAAGAGAACCUCAAGCAGAAGUAGAUAGCCAGUUGAAAUGCAGACACACCUGCUUAAUACUUAUUGUAGUGGUGGAGCCAUACAGCCUAUCCGAGAAGCAGUGGAUCAAGAUAGAAAACUCUGAAUAG